AGUUUUCUUUUUUCCUCUUUUCUAGAAAAAGAAAAUGUCUCUCACAUCUCGCCUUCUAAAUACCCCUGCCACCACAAGGCUCUCUUCUUCACUUUCUUCUUCUUCUUCUUCUUCUUCUUCUCCUUCUCCUUCUCCUAAACGUUAUUUUUUACAUUCCAAUAUUACCCCUCCUUCUCUCCUUCGAUUCCCUCUCAUCCUUAAACUUUCCUCCUCUCCUUUUUCCAGGGUAUUUUCCUCUUCUCGCUCUACCACCGCCUCCAUUUCUUCUAACUCCACCAUGGGUGACGCUCCUGAUGCUGGCAUGGAUGCUGUCCAGAGACGCCUCAUGUUUGAGGAUGAAUGCAUUUUAGUGGAUGAGAGCGACACUGUUGUUGGUCAUGUCUCCAAAUAUAGCUGUCAUUUAUGGGAAAAUAUUUUGAAGGGAAACUCAUUGCACAGAGCUUUUAGUGUAUUUCUGUUCAACUCAAAAUACGAGCUACUGCUCCAGCAACGCUCUGCAACAAAGGUGACAUUCCCCCUUGUGUGGACAAACACUUGCUGCAGUCAUCCUUUAUAUCGUGAAUCUGAGCUUAUUGAGGAGGAUUCUCUUGGUGUGAGAAAUGCUGCGCAAAGGAAGCUUUUGGAUGAGCUUGGCAUCCCUGCUGAAGAUGUCCCAGUUGAUCAGUUUACUCCAGUAGGGCGCAUGUUGUACAAGGCACCUUCUGAUGGAAAGUGGGGAGAGCAUGAGCUUGAUUAUCUGCUCUUUAUGGUCCGUGAUGUCAAUGUAAACCCAAACCCUGAUGAGGUAGCGGAUGUUAAGUAUGUCAACCGAGAUCAAUUGAAGGAGCUCUUGAGGAAAGCAGAUGCAGGAGAGGAAGGUUUGAAGCUGUCGCCGUGGUUUAGACUAGUUGUAGACAACUUCUUGUUCAAAUGGUGGGAGCAUGCUGAGAAGGGAACACUCAAGGAAGCAACAGACAUGAAAACGAUUCACAAAUUGACUUAAAAGAACCGUGUAUCUGGGACAAAGUCUGAUUGUGGUAAUCACUAGCUUUAUCUGAAUAAAUCGAGUGAUGGGAGUUCGAAACAAGUUUGCAUUUUGUCGUGGUUGUAACAGAGUUCACUUUGGCGUACAUUGAAACUUUGAUUGUCACCUGAAAAACCUACUGGCACUGUGUCUUGUAGUCUAGAUUUGGCGUCUUGAUUUUAAAAAGUCACAGUAAGGAACUGUAUACAUUGGUUACUUGUUCUCCUAAAGAGGGUUUUCUACUGA